CGAUCUAUGAGUUUUGUCAUCGAUUGUCGCCAAGUUGUCGUUUAACUUUAGUUGCAAUCUCGCAAGAAUACUCUGUAGUGUGUUACGUUGAAAAUGGAUAGCGUUCAUACACUUGGAAUCCGAUUCAUCCAAUGGAUGCAGAGCUUCGAUUGUUUGGAGCCCAUGUUCACAGGUUUUAGUCAUAUUGGUAGUCCUAAUACUGCUUAUACAUUAACCUUCCCAAUCGCCUAUUACAUUAAUCCAACACUGGGUAUUACAACAGCUUUAUGCACCAUUUCAUCGGACUAUCUGAAUGGAGUGCUCAAGUGGAUACUAUAUGGUCAUCGACCCUACUGGUGGGUAACGUUGAAUGGCUUGUCACAAGAUCCUACCUUAUCUCUCAAGCAGUAUCCGCUAACAUGUGAAACUGGACCUGGGAGUCCUUCUGGUCAUUGUAUGAUAACAGUGGCCAGUGUGAUACCAAUAAUAGCUUAUUUUUACUAUAAACUCAAAAAUCAAAAUGAAAGACGAUACUUACUGUGGUUAUCUUCUUUGGGAUUUGGUUUAGUUGGUCUUAGUCGAUGUUAUCUGGCUGCACAUUUUCCUCAUCAGGUUAUCGCAGGAUUAUUAUCUGGUGUUGUAAUUGGUUUAUUAUUUCAUUCUACUGAUAAUUCUGUCUAUACAUCAACUGAUGAGAAUACAGAUUGGUUACAUAAGAAAGCUGCAUAUCUAUUAACUCAUCCAAAUGGACUAUUAUGGCUUGGUUUAGGUUCAUUUACAUUCGCUUACAUUUUAAGCUUAUUUAUACAAUAUGGUUUAAAAAUGGAUCCUAAUUGGAGUGUAACAUUAGCCCGAUCAGCAUGUAUACGACCAGAAUGGAUACAUUUAUCAACUAGCCUAAUGAAUUCAUUUUCUAAAAUAGCUGGAGCAGCUGCAGGCUUAUCAUUAGCUUUACACCUUAAACCGCCAACAAAUUCAAAACAAUUAGUAUUAGGUUCAAAUUCUACACAAAUUGUUUUAUCCAGUUCAUUGUUUGUAUUGAUUACUACAAAAUUUAUGGAAUCAUUAUGCGGCAGCACUAUUAAUCUCUUAGCUAAAUCCAUAUUCAAUCAAGAUUCAAGCAAUAGUAUUAAUGCAAUACAAUUAUUCAGUUCAUUUAUACAAGGUACUAUUUGUCCAUUAACAACUAUUUGCGUUUUACCAACAAUUAUGAGUUAUUUUCAUCAUAAACAUAAUAGCUGAAUUAUUAGUGUAUCCAGGAGAAAAGCCGACGAAAAGGAAACGGGGCAUUUCAUUCUUGUUUUGUCUUUCAUUUAAAUGAGGUGUUAUUUUACUUUUAAGAAAAAACAACUAAACUAUAAAAAAAAGAAUAUCAACACUGUGCAAUGUUAACGACAGAGUCAUUAGUUUUAAAUUGUACUAUUUAACUUGUUAAGAGUUGUACAUUAUUGAGUUUGUUUCUUAAUACAAAUAAUUAUUGAUGAA